GCUUUUUAUAUAAACCAUUCCAUAUUAUUGGGCAUCAAAAUCUCUUGGUAAGGGAAAAUGUUUUCUUUCUUACAGAAUUCCCCCCUUUUCUACUAUUCAUGCAUCGUUUUAAUAAUUCUCAUCAGUUUCAAAUGGAUUUCAACUCUUUCCAAAACCAACAAAAAUUUACCACCAUCUCCACCAAGGCUUCCGAUCAUCGGAAACCUCCACCAACUAGGGUUGAGCCCCCACCGCUCACUUGAGGCCCUGUCCAAAAAACAUGGUCCACUCAUGUUGAUGCACCUUGGCAACGUGCCCAUGCUUGUUGCCUCUUCACCUGAUGCAGCCAAAGAGAUCUUGAAAACCCAUGAUUUGAAAUUUGCAAGCCGACCCAAGUUAAGAAUUGCCGACAUACUUUUGUAUGGCUCCAAGGACAUAACAUUUUCUCCUUAUGGAGAGUAUUGGAGGCAACUGAAGAGCAUCGCUGUAGUCCAUCUUCUAAAUAAUACACGAGUCCAGUCAUUUCAACAAGUGAGGGAAAAAGAGGUGGCUCUUAUGAUUGACAAGAUCAAAAACAGUGAUGGUUCUUUAGUUGAUCUUAAUGAGCUGUUUUUUUGGCUUACGAAUAACAUUUUCUGCAUGGCGAGUCUAGGUAGGAAAUAUGGUGGGUCAACGUUUGCAGACAUAAUGGACAGGUUUAUGCAUCUGCUCAGUGGCUUCAAUGUUGGUGAUUAUAUUCCAUGGUUGGCUUGGAUAGACCGAUUGAGUGGUUUAGAGGAGAAAGCACAUAAAGUUGCUAAAGAAUUUGAUGACUUUUUUGAAUGUGUUGUUGAAGAACAUGUAAAUAAGAGAACAGAAGUGGAUGCUCAAGGUAGUGAAGAUCAAGAUCUUGUUGACACCUUAUUGGAUGUACAAAGAGAUAACGCAACUGGCUUUACCUUUCAUAGAGAUGUCAUCAAAGCCCUCAUUUUGGAUGUAUUUGUUGCUGGAACAGAUACUACAUUCGUAAGUUUGGUAUGGUCAAUCAGUGAGCUAAUAAGACACCCAAGCAUAAUGGAAAAAGUACAACAAGAAGUAACAGAAAUAGCACAAGGAAGAUCCAUGAUUUUGGAAAAGGAUUUAGAGAAAAUGAAUUAUCUUAAAGCCAUCAUCAAGGAGACCUUACGUUUGCAUACUCCAGUUCCACUACUUGUUCCUCGAGAAUCAACACAAGAUGUGAAAGUAAUGGGUUACGACAUUCCAGCUGGCACACAAGCGAUUGUGAAUGCUUGGGCGAUAGGAAGAGAUCCUACCUUAUGGGAAGACCCAGAGGAAUUUAGGCCUGAAAGGUUCUUCAACUCUUCCACAGAUUACAAAGGGCUUCACUUUGAGUUUCUUCCAUUUGGUGGUGGACGAAGAGGGUGCCCUGGGAUUCAAUUCGCUAUAGUCAUCAUUGAAUUAGCAUUAGCAAAUGUGAUAUACAAGUUCGAUUUGGCAUUACCAGAUGGAGUAAAAGGAAAGGAUUUGGACAUGAGUGAGAAGUAUGGCCUUGUUGUCCAUAAGAAAUCUCCUUUAAUUGUUGUGGCAACUUCUCGUUUCUAGUAGUUGCAUGCCCAUAGUAUGUAACUUUCAAUGAUGAUAAUACUGAAUAUAUGUUUCAUAAUAGAUGUAGUAACCGAAGAUGUGUCUAGCUUUAAACACAAAUCCUUUUAAAUUUAAGAUAUGAUUGAUUUUCCAUAA